AUGUCUAAGGAUUAUUUGGCCAAUUACCUUAAUGGUGGCUUGUUUUCCAUUGUUCCAUUGGCGGAUUUCCGAUUUACAGCGGUUCCGCAUUUUACGAAAUGCCAGCUCAUCUUCUGUAUCCCCUGUGGUCAACUUUUUGAAAAAGAGUUGGGAUCUUUUUUCCAGAAGUCGCCGGAUCCUUUUAGGCAUCCUCCGAUUGCGGGCCGGUUUCCUUGGGACGAACGUCGCGUCAGCCUCGUGAACUUUCUGGACAAUGGUCCUAUAUAG